AUGAUAUAUAGCAUUGAGAUAGCAGAAGCUAAUAUAGAUCAGGUGGAGGCUCUCUCGAAGCGAACCCAAGGAUGCAAAUCUUACCAGAGAAGAUCCCGACCCGACGCCACAGCAACUAAAACUAUUCGCAGAAAGCUACGUUGUUUCCCGGAAGACAAAGCCCUCUCAGAAGUCAGCAUUCUUCCUACUAAGCCCAGAGAGCGGUUCUUGGUGACAGCGAAAGAUAUAGAUCAUCUUCUUCACCAUUUAUUUGGCGAAGACGACCAUGAUUAUGUACACGAGCGUGCAAGAGUACAGACUGCAAGCUCACUGGCUCUCUUUUCUGGUUCUGCUGCUAGAGCUGGUGCUAUUGUUGAAUCAAGCUCGUACAGAAAAACAAAUGAAUGCCUCUACUAUAAGCAUUUGACUUUCAAUAUAAAAUGGAGCGGAGAUGCCGGUGGGUUGAAACGCUGGGUCGUGAUUGAUCCUGAAUUUCUCAAAGGACUACGCUACAGAGAUGAUAAGAUGAUACCAAAGAAUUGGUUUCGUGAACAUCCUGUGCCUGGUAAAAGCUUUGUGUUUUGGGUAAUUGUGCAUGGUAUUGCGGAUGGUGCAUUCAAGGGCAUCUCAACCGUGGAAGAAUUGCUCGAAAAACGACCCCCAAAAGGAAGAGAGUCGUGGACCCUCGAGUGGAAAGAGGAUGUAAAAGAGUUACCUUUCUUUCGAAUGACUACUUCCCAGGGUCCCAAAGCAGACGAAGCGUGGACAUUCUCUUCGUUGCGUCAUCAUCUCACCAGUUUGGCUGAACGGGAUGGCUUCAGAGACCGCUUACGAGUGCAUGGAAUCCGGGGUGCUAUGGCAAACAAAAUCGAUCCCAAGGCAACAGCCGCGACCCGCGGUCAGGCGUUAGAUCACAUGGAUCAUGACUCAUACUUGAAAUACCAGUCAUCGCUCAAAGCAGUAGAUAUGAUGGCUCUGUACUAUGACCUGGAUCCGGAUUAUGAAUGUCGUGAAAUGGAACAGAGCAUGGCCCACCACCGUGAUCAAAAUGUUCCGCUUCGACUUGAUGCUGCCUCUCUCGCAGAAUUUGAAAAAGAUGAGGAAGUGAUUCUGAUUAACCAACGGAUCAGUGAACUGACGCAGGAGAUUCGUGGCCGGCCUGAUAAACAUGCCGACUUAGUAUCGGAGAGAUCUAAACUUUACACCCGGAAAGCCAAAAAGCUCCGCACCAAACGUUCCGAAUUCAUUGAAAAUUGGUGGAAUGUUUGCUACGACGAGUACAUUACUGGGAACGACUUUUUGGAACGCGACACUACCUGCCUUUUUCAAAUUUACCGUAAAUAUAUGCCUGAAAGAGCACGCUUAAAUGACAACAUUUUCAAGCAAGUGCCUCUCGAUAGUGAUAUUGGGAGGCAAUGUUUACGUGAUGCGGUUAGUCUUUGUACUUCAGUCGAGAAGGUGGCAUAUUAUCCGGGCAUGACUCCCGUAGAGGGAAAAUGUCCAAUAUGUGCCAAGCAGAUGUCAAGUCGCGUUCUAUUGCUAAUAUUAACCAGCAUUGGUCUCCAAGAACGGUCAAAGCAUAUUUUGCAAUGCAAACGCAAAUCAUUGAAUGCGGCACCAUACCAGCAGACCUAUAGGAACGGCAAACGUGCCCAUCGCCAUACCCGUCGAAGCUUCGUUCAAUUCUGUUAUUUGUGUGCUGAAUUAAUUUGCAACGAAGAAGAUUGGAUCAACCAUUGCCAAUCUCACCUGCAGGCUCUACAGCCGAGGUGCGGGCUCUUAACCUUCCGCUAUACGCUAGUUGCAGCGGGUCUAUGUCCAUUCUGUCUGGGUGAUGAGAAAAAGAGAGCGGACGAGCGGUUCCAACAGUGGGUCAAGAAGGCCACAUUGUUAAACCAUAUUGACAGACACCUUGAGAAUUUGCCCCCCGAAGGAAAUGUUUCGUGCCCUCACCCUUGCUGUAAUGGAAGGCAAUAUUCUGAUGUGUCUGACCUCCGCCGUCACUUCUUCAACAGACAUUCUAUAGCGGAACCUAGGUCCAACUGUGUUGCGAGGAAAAGGAAAUGGGCUGAGACGUCAAUGGCUUUGGAAUCUGUUAAAUGUGAUAGACAUCUGGAGGGUAGUGACUAA